CUCAGAUGACAGACGGGUUACCAUCCAAUAGGAGAAGCGAAUAAAUGACUGGCACGCCAACCGCCCAAUCACAGGAUGUUCCUAGGCGGUGACGUCCCAGAGCUACGGCCCAUUCACAGGACGCUCUCGGGUCAGAAGGCGGGACCUGAUGAAAUACGGGUGGGAAAAAAUAGCUUUGCUCGGGUGCUGGAGAAGAUGGCGGAUGGGGACAGCGGGAGUGAGCGCGGCGGAGGAAGCGGGUUCCAAGCGGUCCAGAGGGACCAAGAGACCCAAGAGCUGGCGUCCAAGCGCCUCGACAUCCAGAACAAGCGCUUCUAUCUGGACGUCAAGCAGAACUCGAAGGGCAGGUUCAUCAAGAUCGCCGAGGUCGGCGCUGGGGGCUCCAAAAGCCGCCUGACGCUUUCCAUGUCGGUCGCGGCGGAGUUCCGGGACUACUUCGGGGAUUUCAUCGAACACUACGCCCAGCUCGGGCCCAGCACUCCGGAGCAGAUCGCGCAGUCCUCCGGAGGCGAGGACGGCGGGCCUAGACGGGCCUUGAAGAGCGAGUAUCUCGUGAGGGAAAACCGCAAAUACUACCUCGACCUGAAGGAGAACCAGCGCGGGAGAUUCCUGCGGAUCCGGCAGACCGUUAACCGCGGCGGGUUCGGUGUUCCCGGCGGAGGAGUUCAGUCCGGGCAAACUAUCGCUCUUCCCGCUCAGGGUCUCAUCGAGUUCCGCGACGCGCUGGCGAAGCUGGUCGACGACUACGGCGGCGACGACGAGGAGCUAGCCUGCUCCGGCGGAGGAGGAGGAGGAGGAGGAGGAGGCUACGCGGAGUUACCCGAGGGCACGUCGAUAGCGGUGGACUCCAAGCGGUUCUUCUUCGACGUGGGCUCCAACAAGUACGGCGUGUUUCUGCGUGUGAGCGAGGUGAAGCCCAGCUACAGGAACUCUAUCACCAUCCCCUUCAAAGCCUGGAGCAGAUUCGGCGGAGCGUUCUGCCGCUACGCCGAGGAGAUGAAGGAGAUCCAGGAGCGGCACAGAGAUAAAGCGUUCGAGCGGAGAACCGGAGAGGAGUCCGAGGGCGAAGAUCUGGACGACGACUGACCGCCGGAGGUGUCGCGUCGCUGGGC